AUGCCGGGGUCCACGCCCAGCGCCCGCGCCCUGAUUCCCGCAGUCUGCAUGCCUCCCCCCACACCUUCCCCCAAAGUCCAACACCGAACGCCUUUGGCCUCCUUCCUUUCCAGGGGCCGCUGGCCGAAGCCGGAGUCAAACUUUUUCGGGGGUGGAGGGGGGAGGCGGGGGGCGGGAGAGUUUACUCGGGCUGGGGAUAACCUGGAGCCUACUGCCCGGGAAGAUCCGGACGCAGACCGAAGCCGACCAACCAUUAGAAAUUGCAUCCAAUGGGAAUAUUUCCACUCGGGCCCUCGGCUGCGGAGUCGCGCAGACUCCCGGAGCGGCUCACCCAUCGACGCGGACUCGGGGCGGUUUCGGACGGACCCCGGCAGUCGGGGGCGUGGACUCGGCUCCCAGCGAGCUGCGAGCGAAGGGACGCACGCGGGGAGGAGCGCCUCGGCCCCUCCGCUACUGGGGAGGUCCCGGCGCCCGCCGAGGGCCGGGACCUGCGGCACCCCAGGCCACUGCUCCGCGCCUUCUAGGGUCAACUCCCUGGCACAUACCCCAACCCGAUGGCCCAAGCCCUGGCACUCGGGUCAAAGCCGCCUAUGCAAUGCCACCUUGGGCCCCAAGAAACCUACACUACGGAGAGACGAUCGCUCCAGGCUGGCCGGCGGGUCUCCAAAGCACAGCAGGCAACAUCCCCACACCGACCCAGACUUCUCCCGGGUUACCUUGUCCACGCUCUCCAGACCACGCUUUGGACUUUCUCACUUUUAUUUAAGAGUCCACCCGGAGAAAGAGGAGAAAAAAAUCCAGAAGAGAUCCGAGUCAAUUGGAAAGAAAAACUUUCAAAAGGGUGUCCACAGCGGCGAAAAAGUUCUCCUUGAGCACUUGGAACCCAGAUCGCUGCCCGGGUGGAGUGGGCACCCUUGGUUCCCCAGGGCCCGGCCUGUCUCCUGGCUCCUGGGGCCCGGGCGCCUGGACCUGCCGUGUUUGUCAAUAAUAUCAGAGCCGAGUGCUGAGGCGGGAUGGCCGGGGCUUGGCGGCCGGAGACUGUUUGUGCCCCUCUGGCAAAUGGUAGGCGUAGGGAGCCUGCGGAACAGACCCAAGAUUAUCAUCGCCACGCGGACCUCCCGACCUCAUCAAUGCACCUCUUUGUGCAACAAUACAAACUUUGUGGCUGCCGAAAAAUCCAUUUUUUCCCCUUGAAAGGAGCUCCUGCGGCGAGCGGCUCCCCUGGCGGCCGGAGCUCGUAGACUGCCGCCCCUCUCCCCCUCCCCCAGCGGCUCCCUCCACUCGCCGGGGCCCGUUUGCUUUCUCUCUGACUCUUGGCCUGGGUCAGGCUCCCGGGCUCCCACUUGCCCCUCUGGGUCCUCCUUAAGGUUUUGGGUCCCCUGGUAUGUGCAGGCUCGGGGGUCCCAGUGGAUGGGAGAGAGACUGCAGCUCCCCGCCCCGGGGCCCUUCGCAGCCCUCGGGACAGAGCCGGGAGUGAGAGCCGGGUCAGCUGCGCCCCGCGUCCCGGGAGCGGUGAGGUGGGAGGGGUUACCGCGCCCAUAACCCCCCAGGAAACCUGGACGCCGCGAACCGAGCUCGCUGUAGUCUGUGUCUGCUCUGCCACCUCCUGGGAGCCAUCCAUCCACCCAUCCAUUUACUGAUUACCCGUCCAUUGAUUCACUCGUUUUUCA